CGCCUCCCUAUUGAGACCCUCCUCAGCUCGCUCUACGGUAGGAAGGAGCAGUGUGACAGGAUGGAGGAACUGCCCCGGCUGCUUCUGUGUUACCUGCUCCUUUCCAGCGUCGGCCGUUCCUUUGAGUGUUCCGUUCUUUAGAAUUACUUUGAAACUAACAGCUGUUAUUCAGGGCGCGUUUUCGGUUGGGUUCCUAGAUGUUUUUUUCCACCUAACGCGGAGCUGUCAGUGGAAUAUGUGGCGGAGAGAAGGACUGAACUCGAUCCCAACCCCAGCUCCAAGUGCUGCUGCCCCCCCCUGAACAUGUGGGAGACUUUGCGCUGCUCACACCGACCUGCUGACCAACAGUAAUUGCGCCUGGAGGUCUAAAUUGGGCUGAAUCAUGUUGAUCUUGUGGGUGCCACUUAGUUUAUUCCUCAGCUUCAUCGUUUCUCAGACGUGGAGCGUUCAAAUGUCGUGGGAGAACUGGGACUCUCCCCUUCGCAACCGAGAAAACGAGUUUGAUAAACCGAGCUCCCAGCCGCACAUCGUGUUCAUCCUGGUGGAUGAUCAAGGCUUCCGGGAUGUCGGAUACCACGGCUCCGAGAUCAAAACGCCUACCCUGGACCGGCUGGCAGCGCAGGGCGUUAAGCUGGAGAAUUAUUAUGUGCAGCCGCUCUGCAGCCCUUCCAGGAGCCAACUCAUGACUGGAAGGUAUCAGAUCCACACUGGCCUUCAGCACUCCAUCAUUAGAGCUACCCAGCCCAACUGCCUUCCCCUGGAAAAUGUCACCCUUCCCCAGAAGCUCAAGAAAGCGGGCUACUCCACCCACAUGGUGGGCAAAUGGCACCUGGGCUUCUACAAGCGUGGCUGCCUGCCCACCCAGCGUGGCUUCGACACAUUCUUCGGGUCCCUACUAGGAAGCGGGGACUACUACAGUCACUAUAAAUGUGAAGGACCUGGUAUGUGUGGUUAUGAUUUGCAUGAAGGAGAAGAGGCAGCUUGGGAACAGGACCGCGGCUUGUACUCAACCAUGAUGUUUACUCGAAAAGCUAUCAGCAUCCUAGCCAAUCACAACCCUCGCGGACAACCCUUGUUUCUCUACUUAGCCUUUCAGGCGGUUCAUUCCCCACUGCAGGUUCCUGCCCGCUACCUCGAGCGUUAUAAGGGCAUUCCAAACUUGCAUCGUCGGAAAUAUGCUUCCAUGGUGUCCUGCCUGGAUGAAGCUAUCCACAACCUCACGUUAGCGCUAAAACGCUAUGGUUAUUAUGACAACACAGUUAUAGUCUACUCUUCAGAUAACGGAGGCCAGCCAUUAGCAGGGGGAAGCAACUGGCCCUUGAGGGGGAGUAAGGCCACCUACUGGGAAGGGGGGAUUCGGGCAGUUGGCUUUGUUCACAGUCCCCUGUUGGUAAACAAAGGCACAAAAUGUCGAUCAUUGGUCCACAUCACUGAUUGGUUCCCUACACUGGUGACCCUGGGCGAAGGGACUUUGGAUGAAGACCUAAAUCUGGACGGGUACGAUGUCUGGGAGGCUAUCAGUGAAGGCCGUCCAUCUCCUCGGCAAGAUAUCCUUCACAAUAUUGACCCAGUCUACAUCAAGGCCAAAAACGGUUCGUGGAAGGCUGGGUACGGCUUAUGGAACACUGCCAUCCGGGCUGCGCUACGGGUGGGCCACUGGAAGCUCCUGACAGGUGUCCCUGGCUACAGCGACUGGGUGCCCCCACAGACCUUCUCUAAACAGCGGCUAACCAGCCGCUGGCAUAAUGAGCUUGUCCAUUGGGGCUGUGGUAAAUCCAUCUGGCUGUUCAAUAUCACAGCCGACCCUUAUGAGAGAGUAGACUUGUCCCAGCGGUACCCUCACAUAGUGAAGAAGAUGCUCAUACGCCUAGCGCAGUACAACAAGACUGCAGUUCCAGUCCGGUACCCAGCUAAAGACCUGCGCUCCAACCCUCAGUACAAUGGGGGUGUGUGGGGGCCCUGGUACAAAGAGGGGCAAGAGAAGGAUGAGAGAUACAAUAACUGGUUGACUAACACUCUUGGAAAAAGUCUCCCAGGUACCGCCAUACGACCACUGCAGCUCAUCCAGAAUGCAGCAGCUCGACUGGUCUUCAACCUUCCGAAAUACUCCCUCACCACACCACUUCUCCGUUCUCUUCACUGGUUACCAGUGGCUGCCCGCAUCCAGUUCAAAACAUUGGUACUGACGUACUAUGCUGUGAACGGAUCGGGACCAGUCUACAUCCAGGACACGGUGAAACCCUACAUCCCAACCCGCACACUCCGAUCUGCAUCUGCCAAGCGGCUUGUUCCUCCCUCACUGAGAGAAAAGCAGUCGGCGAGAUCGCGACUCUUUGCUGUCCUGGCUCCCAGAUGGUGGAAUGAGCUCUCUGAUGACAUCAGGACCGCAGAGAGCCUCUACAUCUUCCGUCGAAAACUCAAGACACACCUCUUUAGACUCUACCUUGACUAAAACACUAGCAAACCGUAGCACUAACAAAUGAUAGCACUUAAAUUGUACUUAUAAUGGCACUUUUCUAUAACAUGUUUUGAAACUGCUUAUUUGAUGAAAAAUGUACUUUCUUGUUACUUGUUCUUCUGAGUUUGUAUCUCUAUGUGGAAAUGCACUUAUUGUACGUCGCUUUGGAUAAAAGCCUCAGCUAAAUGACAUGUAAUGUAAUGUAGUGGUAUAGCAGAAGGAGGCACAGAAGUCAGCUGAGCAGGCCAUGGUUCACUUGUAGGUUGUUUUGUUAAGCAAAUCUUUUCAGGGGCCUCAUCGGUUUUUGUAAGCUCCAAGGACAGUUCCCUGAAGUCUUGCUCAGCUUGAUCACACUUGAUCAACCGAUCCCCAAAAUCGGUCAUAGACAAUGGUCGACCAUGGUAUACUCCUGUUUGAGAAGUAUAGGAUGACUCUCUCCAGGAUGACGAACAAAUGUGAAUUGUAUUCAGAAUGGGUCCAAGCUCCACUCCUCUCCCUCCACUGGGCCAAAUACUAUGCAGCACCCUUAUCAUCACGUGGUUCAAUAGUGGGUUAAGGCGGCGAGAUAAUCUGUCCACCUAAUAUGGGUCCACCUUUGAACACAGGGUCUAUCACAUGGGACUGAAGAUUGUAAGUAGUGGUGCGAAGUGUGUGAAGAAAGGACUUACUUGUUUAAAACUGCCUUUUUGCACCUUGUCUGUCAAUUCCUCAUAUACUCUAUUUGAUGAGCUGUGAAAAAAAGCUAGAUUCAGUCACAGGAUAGCUGAUUAAUGAAUAAAUAAAUGAUGAAAUUUAAAUGAGAAAAAUCUUACAUCUAAUCAGUAUUCUUUAUAAUAAUGUAUAAAUACACUAUUGAACCAUUAAUUCACAUCACGUCCAACUAAAUCUGAAAAGUAAUCUCUAACUUUUUUAUGUUGCGACUCACUUUUAUUUAAAGUGAGAAAACAGGUCUUAAAAAAAAGAAAUCUUUGUUUUGAUUAAUAACCAAUAAUCAUCAAAAAGAUCUUAAUGUUGACAUUUUCAUGUUGAGUUCUGACUUGCAGUCUGUGGAACAGUGGAUUAACUCAUUACCAUUAGCCUGCAAACUAAAGUCAAUAGCAGUUCAUGUUUGUUUGGUAAGUCAUUCAGAAACUUGAGCUGAAGUACAACCCGUAUCCAUGAUUGUAGAAACAUGAAAAUAGACAGAGAGCAAAUAAUGGAACUAUCCAGGUAACUUACUAUGUUGUUUCCAUAUCUUUUUGUAGUUUCUCUCUCUGAGCAUUUCUAAGAAGACCAGUUGCGGAAUCUGUUUCUGGUCGUCCAAUUGUCUCGUGAAGGGAUGACAAACUGGAGGACAGCUCCUCUGCCGACACCACAGGUACCUCUAGUCCUGAGCCGGAAGUCCAAAAUUCAGAUUCUGUACGCCUGCUUGGCCUGGGGCUGUCAAUAUCUUCAUGUAGGGCAGAGAAACCUAUAUACAGUGCAGGCAUACACAAAGAGUAAAACAACUUCUACUUGGACUAAAUCACAAAUUGUUCAAAUUGUGUUGUGUACCUUCAGUAUGAUCCAAUGCUAUUGUCCUUUCUAUUUCCUCAUAUGUAUCUGGUGAUGUCUCCUCUUGAGUGGAUUGGAUUAUCGUGUUUUCAAUAAGGUGAACUAUGUCCAUUCGGUUGAUCUUAGUCAAUCUUUUCCUCAAUGUUGCUUCUGUUGAAACAGAAAAACAACUCCAGGUCAACUUUUUAUUUAAAUAAUUGCUUAUUUUGUCUUUUUUUAAACAACAGAUUAAAUAUUUACUCAAACCUG